AUGGGUCCCUUCGCGAGCCUCCUGAGUAUCCUCGACAACAUCUGGUUUCGGUUCUUGUUGAACAAGGCCCCUCUUCGGUUUCUCAGCUUCACAUCGGUCAUGGAGGCCUACCGAACCCAAAGCGACCCAUAGACGGCAGCCUUUGUUGUGGCCACCUACGCAAUCCUGAUCCUGUUCUUCUGGUGCGUGGGAUCUUAAGAGGUAGCUCCACCCGAAAGAAGGGGACGCUUGAAGGUCGUAAUUUGGGUGCUGGCGACAAUCCUCAUCAUCGUAUUUCCCUUUAAACUCCCCUCGACGAUGCCGUUUGCUUUCGCCGCCGUUAUCUAA